ACAAAAAAAGUAAGGUUACAACCCAACUGUUUUGUUUACAUAUUUAAAAUAUUAAAUUUAUUACUGAAUAAUUGUUAAAAUAUUUAAAUACUAAUAAACUCCUUAGCAUAAUUGGUGUGGUUAAUUAUGUGUGGUCCCAGUAAGUAUUUCUUACGUUAUGAGCAAACCUAAGAGGGUAAGGGUUCGGGAGAAAAGCAAAACCUGCCAAUAUGAAAAGGACAGAAGAAACCGGAUAAACGAGCAUUUCAAUAAACUGUGGGAAAUCCUACCGGUGUAUGAUGCCUCCAAACCCUUAUCCAAGAUAGAAAUAUUAACGGAAGCAGUAAAUACUAUCAAGGAUUUAACUGAAAAAGUGGAAAAACUGCUUCUGAAACCGUGCGAAGGGAAAUCGGCGGAUGUCCCCAAUGACGUCCUAAAAAAGCUCCAAGACAGAGUAAAAAAAUUAUUAUUGAGGAAUGAACAGUUGGCGGGUUUAUUGAAAAAUGCCGGAAUCAAAGUGCCCGCGGAGUGUGGGGCCGUUAAGAAGGUCAAAAAGGCGCCUAAGUACGCGAACAACAUUUCACCGGAGCAAGCAAAAGAGUUUCAAAAGGAACUGGAGAAAGAGAAUCAAGGAAAACGCAAGAAAGCCCCAAAAACCCCCAAAAAGAGACCGAAUCAGAAGGGUAAAAGUGCAAAAACAACCUUUUUACCUCCGCAGAAUUGUUUGGUGUUAGUGUCGCAACCAAGCAUAAAUAACUCAUGCAUUUUAUUAGCAAAUCCUGCAGCAGCUAGAGGAAAUCAAACAGUUUUAACAAACUCUUUACUGGUGAAAACCCCCAUAGCCUCCACCUCCGUUAAACCCUCCAUAUUUCCCACAUUACUUGUGGCCAACGGCCCUGUAAUGCCCCUAAUACCCACUCCCAAACCUUUUAUAGUUGUUUCGACUACAAGCAGUAAAACCCCUAUAAAGAAUAGCAAAAAAACCUUGAGACCAUUAAAAAAAAAACCAAUCACCCUUACCACACACAUGAACAAAGUGCCUAUACCUGCGUUAUCUUCGGUGUACAGUUGUGUCAAAAGUAAAAAAGUGAAAGUGAGUGAUAAGAAGAAAAGUGAUAAAAACAACAGUGCAAAAGUGGUCGAAGAAAAACAUGAAACUACUCGAAGAGAUGUAACAAAAAAUAAAGAAGUGGUAGAGGAGCCAGUGAAGGAACCGAGCAACGUAGUGACAACAGAAGCAAAGGAAGUGAAUUUUGAGGAGCAGUACUCCUCGACCUGCCUCAAGCAAGCCCCAAAAAGUUCCUUUGAACUCGACAUGAAUUUACCAGCGACAGAAUUGUCCAAUGACAUCUUUGCUUCGCUGCAGGGCUGUCAUAACCCGGAGUCCACGUCACCUACGGCCGCUUUUCUGUUGGCAUUCCCAUUGGUUUCCUCUGGAGUCAAGGUCACUGAUGUCAUAGGAGAAGAAAACACUGAGAGCCACCCGGAAACGCCCAAUUUACUGCAAAUUGGCACCAUGGACGGCUUGACUAAACCUACGCAGAGUUACGUGGAUAAUCUGACCCCCAAUUUGUUGAAUUUCGAUAGUUUUUCCUUUUUUAAGGAUUAUAAUAAUGUGAAAGUGAACUCUUCAAAGUAUGAUUUGCCUAAGGCCCCAUUAAGUCAGGAGUUCUAUAAGCCGCCCGAGACUAACUUUCAGAAAACCACCAAUCAGUUUGUGUCAAACAUGUACUACCCUCCGGUGUACACUAGCGCCACUAGUAACAGUUACAGUGCGAACUAUAUGGAUAACAGUAAAAGCUACAGUGACUGUUUGCAAAAAGAGAAGUCAAAGAAGAGCUCUACUUCCACCCAAAUUAAGCCUGUAAACUGGAUGACCACGCCCAGCACCACAACUUAUAAGCCGGAUUACUUCAUACCCCCUUACACCAAAGAGACAAACUUCAACCAAAACUCUUCUUACUUCAACUCGUCUUACAGUGAAGUACCUUUGCCCAACUACAAUUUGUAUCAGCAAAGGCCAGAGGAGCGGGAGGAGAGGGAUCAGUUUUCUUGGACAAACACAUAUGUCCCGGCUACUUUGCCCACUUUGGUGGGCGACCUAGCCCUCAAUAACCCCCCGUACAUCGAGAAAAAUGUCACUUGCAAGCGGAAAAGUUGCGACAAUAACAGCUCUGAAGGGCCCAACCCCUCGACUUUCCUCUCCGUAAGCCAAUUGGUCGAUAAGUAUCAAGAAAAUGCCCCAAAGGUCGCCCCCGCGAGACGUAACCCCACUAAAGCGAAAAAGGGCAAAAGUUCCACUCCUGAAAAAUCAAACUAUAACAUCUCGGUGGCCUCCAACUUAUUCGAUAAGAAACAAGUGAAGAACCUGGCGAGCAGUUACUCUGCGGAGGCUCUCAUUGGCAACCAAGAGAAUCAUAACAAACGUUCAAAUUUUCAGAACAAUAAUAUGAUGCCCUAUUACCCUCCACCUCCUCCUCCUCCUCAUAUAGAGGAGGGAACUAACUACUUUCAGACAAGCAACUUCAUGCCAAACUCCACAUCUUACAUACAACAGACCAACAACUUGUAUCCGGACCCAGUGCUGUCCACUAAUUCAGACAAUUUAUUAUUUCAAAAACCCGCGAAGAAGAUGAAGAAACUUCGUGAUCCUGCGAUGCUUCCCUCGUUCGAUUUGCAUUUUCUUUCUACCCCUGCUGCGGUUAACUCUCCAAUUUUACCCGACGAUUUCCAUACCGGUUACCUGCCUCCCACCACUUUGUACUCCUGUAAGAAUCCCUUGUAUCCCAAGAGGGAGGAGGCUACCGGGGGGCCUACUGGCGGCACCUCCUUGACUAAUUUCAAUUUGAGCACCAUUUUUCCGGAAAUUAACAAGGGGUCCUCAGACUUGAACUUGUUCCCACAGAACAGUAAGAAAAAUUACCCUCAACCCCCUUCGGGAUCUAAGACGUUUUCUGUGGCCUCUCAACUUCAGGUUCCCUACAGUAACAAACCAAUUUUUUGAAAAAGUGUGUGUCUGUGUAAAUAUACUUGGCUGUGUAUUGUAAAAUAUAACAAAUAGUUUUAUA